AUGGCAGCUACAACAGGCGAUUCUAACAAACUCCAAGUGUUAGUACCAGGUGAUAUUGGUUUUAUUGGUAGUCAUUGUAUUAUUGAACUUAUCAAUGCUGGAUAUGAACCUAUUGUAGUUGAUAAUCUAUCGAAUUUUUCAAUAGUGUGUUUACAACGAGUUGAACAAAUUGUUGGAUAUAAAAGAAUAAAUUAUAAACUUGAUUGUCUUGAUCUUGAAGGUUUACGUGAUAUAUUUAAAAAACAUUCGACUUAUGCCAUUAUGAAUUUUGCUGCAUGGAAAUCUGUUGAUGAAUCUGUUGAAAAGCCUGUUUUAUAUUAUAAAAAUAAUGUUGGUUAUUUACUCAAUUUACUAACAGUAUUAUUUGUCUUUUUUUUUUUUAAACCUAUUAAUCAUGAUUUUCUUACUAUUGUUUAUGGUUCGCCAAAGUAUUUAUCAUUUGAUGAAAAACAUCCAUAUAUUGGAGAUUCUAUUACAAAUCCAUAUGGGAAAAAUUUAAUUGGUGAAGGUCCUAUUGGUAGACCAAAUAAUCUUAUGCCGUAUGUUGCUCAAGUAGCUGUUGGUCGGCUACUACAUAUGAAUGUUACGGGUACUGAUCAUGAUACACCAGAUGGAACAGAUAUACGAGAUUACAUUCAUGUUGUUGAUAUGACUACAGGUCAUAUUGCAUGUAUGAAAAAAUUUAAAGAAAAUUGUAGUCUUCAAACAUGUAUACAGAAUUUUUUUCGAUUUUAUUUAUUUAUUUAUUUUUCAUGUAUAGAUUUAUAA